CGCAAUGCUAGAAGUGUUCGUUAAUUGUUUAACUAGACCUAAGGAGAACGGUUUUUUUGGCCCUGAGUAAGCAAACGAAACAGCGAGGCGAGAGAGACAUACACACCCACGCAGGGAAGACUCUUGAACAUCAAUUGAAAACUUACACCGUGAAGGAGUUAUUAAGCUUGGAAACAAAGAGGUCACAGUUCCAACGGAGCCAUGUUAGCUGUCAAAGAGGAGCGAACAGUCAUAGGAGGCGUUGAAUUGGCGAGGAAAACAGUAGUAGCUGCUACAGAGGAAGGGUGAGUCUCUAAUUUCAACAAUACUUCACUAUUUAGAAAAUUGUAAAUGAUUUCAAACUCGGCAUAAUCCGUACGUUUGGUAAGAGUAGAACUGUUCCUGUCGAUUGACUGUUCUGGUGGAACUCGUUAGAUCUUCAAACGAAAACUUCACAAUGGCAAGCCCGUGAAUAUCUUUUCUUGCUUCACACAUAUUUCAUUCGAUGACUAUUGGUAUUUUGUGGAUAGUAACCGCCAUUGAGGAACGCGGAAGUAAAAAAGUCACUAGAAGAGUAAACUCAUUCAUGAAAUUAAAUGUGUGACUGUUUGCGUAACUUGUACUCAGAGCAAAAUUGCGUUAAUGCCUUUCUUAACAAUAGUCAUUAUCAGAAAUUUGUGUGACCAAGGCGUCCUCAAUACUGAAUUUUAGACCUUAUCCUCUAUGUCCCGUCUUUCAAAACCGGCCAAGCCAUUCAGUUUAAAUCCCGUAAGUUCUUAGUGACCUUCUUUAAACGGUUAUACUGAGGACCUUCGCAAUUGUAGGCUUAAGGAGGCUCCAUGAGGUUUUUGCUCAAUGUUGGCGCGCGCGCCAGCGUAAUGUUUUUCUAGCAAUUUUUAUGUUUUCGCUCUUCAAGGUCGCUAAAAGCCAUCAAAAGGCAAUGAACAAGGUUCAGACUAUCGUUCGCUGUAGAAAAUAUUAUCAAUAUGAUUUUCGUAAUUAAGCUAAGGUUCCACGAAGGGAAGCGCUCGCCCGUGUUGAUUUGGCUUUGCCUUUGAUUUUCUUCAAUUUGCUCCGGUAAAAUCUCUCAAAAUUCUCACAAUGUGUGAAAAUUGUCCUACCGACUAUUUAAAAUCCAAAAAAACUAGUGGUUUCCUCACCAUUUACCUGAUUUUGUGUUUUCUUCCUCUGUCUCAAAUUUUGUCUUAGGAAUUUUUUAAUCAACAGGCACGGUCCAGCAAACCUAAGGAAAUUCCGCCGAAGGAAACGCGAUAAAUCUUACUCGAAUGUCUAUUUUCUUUGUUGCAAAAUAUUACGUAAUGGAAUAGAAUUUCGCCAAGAGCAUGCGUAAACUUUCGAAUCUGUCGCCUUUUAACAAUCCAUCCCACGAUGUUUUCUUUUCGGUUGACCACUUCUUCAAGCGUAGAAGGCCUAUUAAUAUUACGGGUGCAGUUACUGGAAAUUUUCGACUGCGUCUCAGGUUUGUAUAAUUUUCUCAAAUUCUCCCAAGCCGUCCAUUCGUGUACAGAUGACAGUAUGCUAAUAAGGAAAGGUCUCAAUUGCUUAAAUUCAUUUAAUUUGUUGUUUUUAAUCAAUUUAUCAAUUAAAUUGAUAGAAUAAAGAUCUGGAGGACUCAAAUCAAAUUAAUAACUAGCAACAAUUUUUAAGUACUUGCAUAUGACAGGGGGGUUAAAAAGCCAUCAAUGAUUUCCUAACAUAAUAAAUUUGCAUAAUCCAUUAGAUUUAGGCUAUUUACUUUGAAAACUUUUAAAAUACUGGACAUUUGUGUUUGAUUCUAUUAAAUUAUAGUUUCUUUUUCUUUCAGCGUUGUAACCAGGGAAUACGUAGAAGCUAGAAACAUCAGUUUGCCUGGAAGGUAAGAAAAGAAUUGAAAAUAUCAUUAAUGAGCAAGUAUCAUGAAGUUAGGAACUGUGAAGUUCACUAACUUUGUGUAUCUAUUUUCAACCUCUUUUUUGCAAGUGACAGUUGUGAUUUGGGUGGGGGAGGGGGGUUAUGAUUUAUAAUUGGUACGAUAAGGGCAAACAAAGGGGUUGGUCAAGAAAUUGGGGUAGUUAUUGUAAUGAACAGAAGCCAGAAUAUUUGUGCUAUUUUUUUUCCUUUUCUACUAAAGAACUAACGCGUGGAUAUUUUUUCGUCUCCCCUUUAGUGUACCUGCCAUUGUGCAGCCGAGGUGAGAUCAGAAUGUAAUUUUUUUAUUUCCAUUUUAUUUCGCAGAGAUAAUGUUUGACUCGAUCACAAAUUGUAUUUUCGUUAUACUAUAAGUUGUAGAUUUGUUGAUGCGAUCUACGUUUGACAAAUUACAAUGCAACAGAAAACUAUAUCAAAUGUAGAUUGGAAACAUAAUAAAGAUGAUUUUCAUUAAGGUGAACCAGAGUUCAUAUUUGAAGUGAACUCAUUAUUACGUCACCACCACUGAAGAUCUCUGUAGGUCAAGAUCACAAUAUAUACCGGAACAUGGGCAAGAUCAAAUUAGGAGAUCGUCUAAGAUUUUUGAAGAUCUCUGCCGUUUUCUGAGAUCCCAGGAAGAUCUGAAAAUAACAGACGAGUGCGGGGUAUAGUUGUUCUCCAUCUAAACAUUUAGGGUCAACGAUAUAUUUCUGCCACAUUAUUCCUUGAGGACGCUAUACUUUGAGUCUAAAUUAACUUAUGGAGAUAAACGUUGAAAUUCAAGCCCUGUAUAGGAAAUUCAUUCUCUUAGCCUGAUCAUAUCCCAGUAUUGAACAUCCUCUUUUUCCUAAACAGUAAUACUUGUUUUUUUUUUGUUCCUCUCUCUCUUCAGUGCGUACCCCGCCUUACCUCCGCCCCCACCACCCCCUCCCCCACCACCAAAAGAGUUCAGUUGGGUGGAUUGUUGCUUCAAGUGUGAUAGUGGAUAUGAGUGGUACGAACCAGGUGGAAAGGGUAAGUACGUGGUUAUUGUAACAGAAGCAGGCCUAACAACUCCAGAAAAACCACACGUAUAAGUUUGCCAAUUACAAUACUGUCAAGGCAUUCGCACUCAUUAACUCCUGAACCACUCCACCCCCCCCCCCCACGAGAAACUACGAGUCUACGUUUGUCAGUUUUGGAUGAAUUAUUCUAGUUUUUGUAACAGCGUCCACGAAGGGCUAUUUGACACCAGCUCGCACGAGGAUUGGGGAUAAAAUAAAAAACCUCAGCUUAAUUGCAAGGUUAUGUUCUUCCAUUUCCUCUCUCGUAAAAUCUGGUUGAAAAUGUGCUUUUCUGUUAUUUGGCAGGCUUCUGCAUUGUGUUGUUACUUCUCGUGGCUUAUUUGAUCGGUGGAGCUAUCCUACUAGCCUAUCUCAUGUUACUUUGUCUUUUUGCCUUCUGCGGCGAGGAUUAGUGACGACAUUAGAUCGUGGUGGUGAAAUACUUGCUUUUACUCUAUUUUACGUAGCACUUUAUAUUUAACAAGUAAAAUACUAUUAGUAAUACUUUUCUGUAAAAUUGUGUUGUAGAAAUCGUUGUGUCGGUGGUAAAUUUUUACUUAAUAGUAGCUUUUUAUCUGAGCGUUUACUCAAGCUGUAGUUAAACUGGUGGCUUUCAAGUCUUACACUAUCAGAUGAUUUAAUAAAGGAAAUAGUAAAAAAGUCGAAAGAAGUAAUCCGCCAACACUGAGUCUAUAAGAUGUGAGUUUGAGAUGUAAACCUGCAGUACUAAU